GGCAUUUCUGUCGCGUGAACCAACUCCACUGCAACACCACUCGCUCUCCAAAUUCACACCCAGACCCUCUUCCAGUCCCAAAUCGCCGCAUCCUCGCCAAGAUGCUCCGCCGCCUGUCCGGUGCCGUCGCCGGCGGCAUCCGCCGCUCCCUCUACACGGCCACGUCCCGCCCGCGCCCGCCGUGGGCCCUGCUCCAGCUCACCUCGGUGGACGAGUCAGGGGCGCCGGCGCCGGGCGCGUCCUUCCACCUCGACGAGCCCCCGUUCGUCACCAACCUCACCGUCCCCGCCCACUUCGUCCUCCCGCGCCCCCUCCCCGACCCCAAGACCGGCAAGUACGGCUUCGUCUCGGGCCAAGUCGGCGCCAUCAGCAGCGACGGCUUCCUCCUCGUGCGCUUCUGGGAAGCCCGCUACGACAUCCCCGCCAUCGCCGGCGACGACGACGAAGAAUCCUCCCUAGCUUCUGCGCUGCUCGGCCUGUCCUUGGCGGACAUGGACAUCAAUCCCGAAGGCUCGCGCUUCAUCUGCAACCCGCUCAGCGGCGAGCUGUACCGCCUCCCGGACCUCGACGGCACCAAGAGGACAACCAUGUACCACCACCUCGGCCUCCUCACCCAAGCCGAACGCGACCAAGGACCGCCCGCCAGGUACGCGGUGGCUGAGAUGUUCACCCUCGGAGAUGGAGGCGAGGAGGAGGGGGGAUUCGUCAUGCGCCGGUUUCUGUCCGAGACAGGGAAGUGGGAAAAGUUGGUGGGCUUGCCCUCCCCUUUGCCAGCAGCUGGGCGGCGGAUGGCCAUCGGCAACGCCGUGGUGGCUUUCGGCGGCCGGCUGUGGUGGGUCGACGAGAGCUGGGGCGCCGUCUCGGUGGAUCCUCUCAGCGACCGCCCGGAGCUCUGCUUCACCGAGCUGCCCAGAGGGAGCGUGCUGCCUGACCUGGAGGGCAUGGUGCUAACGAGGAAACUUGGCAGGUACCGGCGCAUGGGGGUCAGCGAGGGGAGGAUGCGCUACGUCGAGGUGUCCAAGGAGAAGCCUUUUGUGAUCAGUUCCUUCUCUCUCGACGACGGGGGCAGCUCCUGGACGCUGGACCACGAGGUGCCAUUUCUCCACAUUUGGAUGGACGACCGCAACCAGCAGUUUGCACCCUUGAAGGAGAUGCCGGCGAUUGGGGCCAUUGACCCGCUCAACGCCAAUGUGGUGUACCUCGUCUGUGGCGACCAGAUUCUCGGCGUGGACAUGGUUAACAAGAAGGUUACUGGCAGUUCUCGACUGGAUGUACCUGAAUUCCCCCUCCUACCAUGUGUGCUCCCAGAUUGGCUCGAAACAAGCCAAAUUCCUUAUGCAGGGUUGAGCAAGAAGACUACUGCCAAAAGGGAGGUUUCGCCAGAUGCGGACAAAAAGGACACUCUACAUGUAAAAGUAGAGCUGAUGAAAUGAAGUGUACCAGAUAAUUUAUAUUUUGGUUUCUAAGACUUGUAAGAGAAGAGUUGUUUUGGAGAACUAGGAAACUGAUGGUGGUAGUCUUCCGAACUCUCGUUUUGGGGAAAUUCUGUGAGAAGUCAGGGUUUGUUAGAAUUUGUUGGUGCACUUGCUCGAUGACAAUUUGGGGAAAUCUGGGAAAUGUUUUACUUAUUCUGCCUUUGCUUGUUCACCUCUUGAGCUUUAGUAGAACGGCUGGAUUCUAUCAGCAGUUCAGCAUGGAUUGACAGUCAACAACAACAUCAUGUCCUUUUAACUUUGAAUGGAUCAGUAGCCUUUAGAAGUCAGAACUAUGAAUAUCUUGGCCUAGACUGUUCUGGGAUCUUGUUAUUAUCAACAACUCUGUAUUAUAUAUCAUUGUGGAAUCUAGAACCUUAUUUAACU